CUGUGAGGUUUGUUUCUGUGUGUGUGUGUGUGUGUGUGUGUGUGUGUGUGUGUGCUGGCUCCACUCAGCUGCAGCCAGUCUGCUGGCAGAGCAGAGAGGCUGAUUAUUGACUGACUGCUCACACUCCGCUACUGUCUCCUGUCUCCGCUUUAUGUCCUCUACCUGCUGCUGCAACUCUAUCUGCUCCUCACGCUCCUGCAGGAGCACUGCUGCCAGGUUGACCGCAUGGACGGCCGGACGGUGACGACCAUGGAGCUGAAGUCGUGCAUCGAGUACCACGACCUGGAGGCCGCCGAGGCCCUCGUCAGCAUGAGCUUCUGGGGUCAAAGGUCGCACAAGCCCCGCCCACUGACCCCCACCUCCGACUCCUGUGACUCCAUCCAUCUCCACCCGGAGGGGGGGGACACUCCCAAAGACCUGAUCGCUCUGUCCUCACUGUGUAUGACUCCACCUCACAGUCCGAGUUUCGCCGAAGCCUCCACCGCCGCUGUCCUCACCACCAUCACCACCACCACCACAGCCAUGAGCCCCGCCUCCAGGCCAGUCUUACCCCGCCCUGUCCUCAGCGCCGGCCCCGCCUUCCUCCUCAGUGACUCCUACACCUGCCUCCUUCCGCCCUCCUCCUUCACCUCAGACACCUCAACACUUCCACCUCAGACAGAGUCGUCCUGUGUGGCUCCGCCCGGCAGAGCGAUGGUCACCAGCGUCAUCCGUCACACUGCCGACAGCCUCAGCAUUCCUCCACCCGCCACCCAGCCGACAGAAACCUUCACGCCUCCUCAGCCGGGAACUCCAGAGACUCUUCCAGAGGAGAAGGACGUAGCUGACUGCCCGUCCUCUCCUCCCUCCUCAGCGUCUCCUCCUCACUCCUCCCCCCCGCUGUCUUCCUGCUCCUCUUCCACUCCGGUCUCCUCCUCGCCGGUGCUCUGCCAGGUUUUCCCGGUGAGCAGCCGAACGGGGAUGAUCUCCGCCUUCGUCCAGGCUCCGGUUCAGGUGCAGACUCAGGGGGGGCCCAAGCCCAUCCUGCCCCAGUCUCCUUCCAGCUUCGCCCAGCCUCUGCUGGUGGGCUCCGCCAUGCCGCAGGGGACCGUGAUGUUCGUGGUCCCCCAGGCGACCGUCUCCCAGACGUCGCAGGGCCCGCAGACUGUCAUGACCCUCGGCAACACCAAGCUCCUCCCACUGGCCCCGGCACCCGUUUACAUGCCGACGGGAGCAAGCGGCGGCGCCUCGCAGGCCGACUUCUCCCGUAGACGAAAUUACGUCUGCAACUUCCCCGGCUGCAAGAAAACCUACUUCAAGAGCUCCCACCUGAAGGCUCACCUGCGCACACACACAGGUGAGAAACCGUUCAGCUGUCACUGGGAGGGCUGCGACAAAAAGUUUGCCCGCUCCGACGAGCUUUCCCGCCACCGCCGGACGCACACCGGCGAGAAGAAGUUUGUCUGCAACGUGUGCGACCGGCGCUUCAUGCGCAGCGACCACUUGACCAAACAUGCCCGGCGGCACAUGACCACCAAGAGGACGUCGUCGUGGCCCGCCGAGACCCGAGACCUCAACAAAGUGGCCCUGCCCAAGGGCCAAAACAGAGGCCCCGCACUUCCUGUUGGCAUGCUGGUCACCACUGCCAACUAACAGACUCACUCAGGACCCCGAGGUGUGGUAUGUUUGGGGACAGGGAUGGGGACACCUACAGGUUAAACUGUGACUUUCAAUCAGCUCCACAUCAGGGGGAUCUUUUCUACAAAUCAAACUCUGCUGGUGAACACAGACAGUCACUGAGCUCCGGCUACGUUCACAUCAACAGAACCGCCUUAAUCUCAUUUUAAACGGGUUACUGUGGCAUGAAGAUGAGAGCGUUGUUCAUUAACUUUUUAUUUUGGAUAAAACUUCCCUUUCUACCGUCUACAGACGCACCAGCGACCCUGUGAGGCUGAAACCUUCAUUACACUCCAGAAAACUAAACUGUUGGUUGGAUAAAAACAAAUAGAUGAAAAGUCAUGUUGUUAUCUGGGGUUUAUCUUCUGGCCUUUUUAAGACGCCUCAGACUGCCAGACUUAGUUCAUUUUUAUUCACCUUAUUCUCUACCUGAACUAGGAUGCUUCCACAUCACGUCAUGUUGUGUGCUUAGCAUUGCCUGUCACCAAUGUUAAAACAUCCAUGUUUAUCAUCCUUUACUUGCCAAAAAGCGUUUUUUUAAGCCUUAAAAAAGCUUUCAUUAAGUUUAAAUUUGUUUCAGACGAGAAAGUAACCAUUUGGAUUUCCAAUUUGUGAUCAGUUUAACCAAAUAAAUUUGGAAAAUUGCGCCGAUGUUUUGCAGCCGGUCGGCGCACAAAAGCACACGUCAACAGUGUUUCAGUAAAUGCUGUCACUGCUGCCACAGUUUCUGUUUCGAAACGAUGAAAUCAGAGUGCACAUGCCACAGUAACUCAAAUGAUUAAGAAGAAGGUGUUCGUGCAACAUUUAAUUAAAAUCCAGAUAUUCUAAAGUCAUGUAGACGAAGCCGGAGCAGCCAGCAGAGGACAGAGCGAGUUCCCCGCUCUGCUCAGGACAUUUUAUUCCCACAAACUCAACGGAGGAGGAAGAAGAGGAGGAGGAGGACGACGAAGGGCGACAGGCUGCUAUUCAUCCACGGACAGAAACCAACAAAAACCUGACAUUGCACUGGAUUUUUUUAAUCUUGCUUGUUUUUGUACUCUCUCUCCGUGUAUAAUCAUGUUUACUUCAUGUGUAAAUGUCACGUUUAGCAAAAUGUAUGCACUCUUUUUUAUUUUUUUUUGCCAAAGCCUCUGUAUCGUGCUUCUAUUAUUAGCUUACUUCUGUUAAUUUGUCUGUGACUGUAAAUACUGUAAAUAUAUUGAUAUCUAUAUGAAUGUUAUGUGUAUUCCAAUCUGCAUUUAUUGACAGUACGAGUUAUUGAUAUUUUAAAAAUGUCAGUGGACAGUAUUCCUCACUGUGAUACUACCUACUAUCAUUGCUUUACACAUUAUAAUUAUUAUUUAAUAAACAUUUGUUGAGGAAAAAGUGCUGUUUUUUUUUUGAUAGCUUGAUUUGGCCCAUAGUGUAGCCAGUAAUAAAAUACCUCGUUAUUAAAUGUUAUUCUUAAUAAUAACGGCUUAUAUCGAAAUAAUCCCAUUUCUGAACAUUUGCCUGUAAGCGAUGGUGCAGAAUAUGGCUUUUAUAAUAAAAAUUUACCACGAAAAUA